CCCCCGUGGUCGCUGCGGCCGGAUCCAUUUCCCAGAAUUUUUUUUUCUUCUAAUUUUCUUCUUCCCGUUUCCCGACUCAAGUCAGCGGUUAGGGUUCCGAGAUCUCCGCCUCGCACGGCAGCCAUGGCGCUUAAUUAGUCACUAGUGACUCAAGUAUGUAAGGAGACAAACAUUAUAGUGGCUUCCUUGCUGGUGGGCAAAACAAUACCAACUAUGCUGGAUUGCUGGCUUAUAAUGCAAGCACUUUUAGCACAGUCAAGGUGAGCAAUGUGUCACUGAAAGCAUCACUGCGAGAUGUAAAGGAAUUCUUUUCCUUUUCUGGUGACAUUGUGCAUGUUGAAAUGCAAAGCAGUGAUGAGCUGUCUCAAGUUGCCUACAUUACUUUUAAAGACAAUCAAGGAUCUGAGACGGCUAUGCUUCUUACGGGUGCCACAAUAGUUGAUAUGGCUGUCAUUGUCACGCCAGCUACCGAUUAUGAGCUACCAGCUUCUGUUUUAGCUGCUCUAGAGCAUGCUUUGCAGCCCAAGGAUAGUAAGCCUUCUGCCCUUCAAAAGGCAGAGGACAUUGUUGGGACCAUGCUGGCCAAGGGAUUCAUUUUAGGUAGGGAUGCACUGGACAGAGCAAAAGCCUUGGAUGAGAAGCAUCAACUCACAUCAACUGCAACUGCUAGAGUAUCUUCCUUUGACAAGAAAAUGGGUUUAAGCGAGAAGAUCAGUGUUGGCACUUCGGCUGUAAAUGAUAAAGUGAAGGAAAUGGAUCAGAAAUACCAAGUCUCUGAGAAGACAAGGUCAGCACUGGCAGCUGCUGAACAGAGUGUCUCUACUGCUGGAUCUGCCAUCAUGAAGAACAGGUAUGUCCUUACUGGAGCAGCAUGGGUAACUGGUGCUUUCAAUAAGGUUGCCAAUGCUGCAAAUGAUGUUGGCACAAAAGCAAAGGAAAAAAUAGCAUCUGAGCAGGAGCACAAGACUGUAGAGCUUGAGUCUGCAGAACCUAACAGCUCAGAAGGCCAUGGAACACAAAAGGAUGUGGAUGGUGAAUUCGCCAAGAUACAGGUCUCUGAAUCCCCUGAAGAUAUUCCCAUCUCUACGACUGCAACCGUCCCCAUUACUGAUGAGGAUUCCAGUCAGGCGUCUCCACCUGCCGCCUCUCCCAAAAAGCCAGAACCUGCGCAGGGGUUGAUACUAUGAUUCCAUUGAUACAUGAGUGUAAAUAGACACGAAAUGGUCGCUGAAUUCAGGCUGUAGUGUUGUUGUGAUCCUUCAAACUAAACCUCUUUGAAGUUUGGAUUUGGGACCUGGAAUAGGUUGCAGUUUGUAGCAUCUAUUUUUCUCAAUUGAACAUCAUUUUCUUGCAUUAGCGACCUUCUUAAUAGGCACCAACCAUUGAUAUACCAUUUUGACAUGGGAUAUUGAUGUGGAUUUGGUGGAAUAUAUGAGAAAUUAUGUUUGAGUACUUCACUGUAACUCGACAUUAGUAUUCCCUCUGAGGUUUAUUUUGAAUUGGUUAUGACGUCCAAAAUUAAA